AUGUGCCGGAGCUUCUGGAGGUUCUGCCGUGACGGUUUUAAAAAGAUCUGCCUUCAGAAAAAGGAGGACGAGCCCCUCCCUUCAUCUGAGUGUAUUUUUCACAAAGACAAAAUCGAGGAACUUGGCUGUGUUUUGGGAAAUGAAUCUGUGAGCAUUUAUAAGAGAGCUCAAGCUGCCUAUAAGAUUGGACUUUUGGCCUUCACAGGAGGCCCAACUGCCGCCCGAUUUGCAACUCCGCACAUGAGAGAAGUAGCAAACCUACUGCAAAAUGAGCCCAUGGCAUCCAAACCCAAAAUCCUGCUUCUCCAGAGCGUGGCAUACUGGUGCUACUUAAAUCCGGCGAGCCAGGGAAAAGCCCUGAGUCUGCACUUUCUCACAGGCCUCACAAAUAUUUUCCAGGACCAAUCCGAGUACACCAGCAGACAGGAGAAAAACAAGGACCUGCUCGUGAAAUUUUGGGCUUGCUAUGCUCUCUCCAUCCUGACCUGCAACAAUCUACCUUGGGUGAAGAAGCUGAGCAGCUGCCGAUAUCUGAAAUAUAGUCUGCAAACGUUAGCUUCUGAGGACUGGUCUGGAUGGCCUGAGAAUUUCGCAGAAGUGCUCUAUUUCCUCAUUGGCUUUCACCUCAAUUAA